AGUAUCCCGCGAACCGUGCUGUCGGCUUCACACGUACGAUAUACGCUCCAAAUAGCAGCCGUUAUUUCAAAUUGCCUGCUACGCGACGAAAUUUUGACGAUAUUCAUCGUAUCUAGAUAAUCCCUCUUGAGUCUAGAGGCUAUUAAUCUAGAUUUAACCCUCCGGUAAGCGGAGGUUAGAGGUAUCCAAAAGUUGCCAAAGUGUCUCCAAUAAAGUUAUCUGCGAUGGACAGCAACUCGGUGUCGCCGAUGCCAGAAUUAGCACCCAUUGCGGAGUUCGACAAGUCGCCUCCUUCGCCUCCCAACGAAGAGGUGCCGAUGGACGAUCUUCCGCCACCCCCUUCCACCAUCUCACACCCUGAAGCAAACCACAACCACGUCAAGAAACAACGGAGCCGCUCAUACGAAUCGGACGACGAAGAACGUGGUGCCUGCGAAUGGUGCGAGUACGCCUUAGUGAUUACACUCGCCACAAUACUCCUUAUUGGAGUGUUGGCGUUGACUGUGUUCUGGGUGGUCUACUACCGGGAGAGUUAUGGCUGGGCUGAUGAUAUACCAGAGAAGCAGUUCAACCUUCAUCCGACGCUUAUGGUCGCCGGGUUCAUCACCUUCAGUGGAUUUUCCAUUUUGCUCUACCGUAUCUGCCGAUGCUUCCGGCGGAUCUAUGUGAAAUUGUUACACGCUAUAUUCCAUGCCCUGGCCUUCCCUUGCAUCGUGAUCGGAUUCCUGGCCGUCCUGGACUUCCAUAAUAAGAAGGGAAUCAACAACUUCUAUUCUCUACACAGUUGGAUAGGUUUCGUCGCUAUGGGAUUAUUUGGAUUACAGUACGCAGUUGGUUUCUUCAGUUUCCUCCUGCUGCUGAUCUGCAGCAAGGGUACAGCCUCCUUCCGCGCGUCUCUGGUCCCAAUUCAUGCUUCCUUCGGGAUACUGACUUUCGUCCUCGGGGUUUGUGCUUGUCUCACCGGACUUACUGAAAAAGCUCUUUUUACACUUGGUAACUCCACAAUAUUGGGAGAAUUCAGGAGCGAGACAUACUCAUCGCUGCCGACAGAGGGCAUUGUGAUCAACGCCAUCGGCGUGUCGGUGGUGGCCGUCGCCAUCUUGGUGCUGUACACCGUCCGCGGAACUGGCGGAUACCGCAUUCGCAAGGUCGCGCAACACCCCAGCUAAACGACACGACACUGCUUUGCGACUGGUUGACCAAUCAGACUUUAGAAUGGAACAAUAUCUAACAGAUUCCAGCGACAUUCCGAAAUGUGCCCACUAAAGUCUCAUUGGUCACACUAGAUCCGCUGACAGCUUUUUUUAACUUGUGUAUGAUACAAUAUUCGUUUAAGUUUAAUGAUUUCGUGGUGAAGUAUUCCAUAACUGUGUUCCAAAUUUCUUUGAGACGUUAGGGUCCAUAUUAUGUGAUUUCGUUAUUAAUCUAAUUAUGAAAUGUUUUGCAGACUUGUAAGUUGUAACUUGAUAUUAAAAUUGUUAUGUACCCGAUAUUAAAAUUAUAUUAAUUUAGGUUAUAAUCCAAUAAAAUUUACUUGCGGUUGUGCGAUUAUAUAUUUAUAGCCUUUUUAAAACAUCAUCGAAAUUAUGUUAAUCUUAACUCAAUCGUCACAUUGUCGAUGUGUGUGUAUACUUAUUUAUUCUUCAGUAGUGAUGUAGCCCUCUGACAAGAUAUUGUGAAACCCAAUAAUAAUUUGGCGUUAGCAAAUUCGCUUCAAUUCAGAAUUAACAAAAUAUUCAACUGCCCAUAGAGUUAUUUUUGAAGUAUUUUAGUGGCCAUAUUUUAUUUAAGGCGAACGCCGAUCACUUCGGUGAUAUUAGGUUAAAUAGGUUUAACGAUUUGUAUAUAAUUUAAUGUAUGUAAUGUGCGAGUGUUCGAUAGAUGUAGUCGUGUCAGAAUCGUAGUGAAUUUUGAGUAAAUAUUUAUUGGUAUCGAGUAGUAAUAGUACCUUAUCAUACAAUAUUUAAACGAAUAUUUCUGAAACUUUUAACUUUUUAAACGUAUUGCAUGAUAAUCAAAACUGCGAAAGUUUUAUACGAUAUUUAGAUGGAGCUCUAUACGGUUUUAACGAGAAGUGUUCAGGUUGCCAAAUUCGAUGUAAUAGCUAGUAAUAUUUAAUCAAUACCUACAUUAUUAGAUGUCUAAUUGUAAUUAUAGUAUAAUGCUCAAUGUAUUUAUACGCGGAGUAAAUUUAUUACCUUGUGUAGACGAGAUUUUUCUAUUAUUUAAUAGUUUAUAUUGAAAUAGCAUUCCAUGUUGUGGGGACAGUCGCAGAUUUUACUAAUAUACAAUGCACGAAAGACUGUACACAUAGAGUAAUAGGUUUUGCUGAGAUCGAAUGUUUACAGUUUUUUAAAAGUCUACAAUCCUGGAACCCUUCGUAACAUCGGGGCCAACUUUUGAAAUAUUUAGAUUUCGUUUAUUACUAUUUAGACUUCUCGCAAUAAAGAAAAUGUUAAAACGUACCUGCUUGUUACAUAUAUUUAGUCAAUUUGAUUAAUCUUUCUACUAUAUCUUCUAAAUUGCUUAAUGAAGUUAUUUCUUGAAUCAGUUGUUUAUUGCAGUUGUAUUGGUUAAUAUGAAUUUUAUCACUGUUUUACGAUUUCCAAAUAUUUAUACGCAAUUAUAAAGGUACAUUAAAUACAUAU